UUGGUGCAGCACUUCAGAACACGGAAGUGAAGCGCUACCCCUGUUUAUGUUUUCAUCUCGGCACUGGAUAGAAACUUAAUUUGUCAGAGAUUAUGGCAGUGAGCGCCGUGCACCUGGAGUCAGAUGCCUUUCUGGUGUGUAUGAAUCACGCGUUAAGCACGGAGAAGGAAGAGGUGAUGGGUUUGUGCAUCGGAGAGGUGGAAACCACCCGGAUCGUCCACAUUUACUCCGUCAUCAUCCUCCGCCGCUCGGACAAGAGGAAGGACCGGGUGGAGAUCUCCCCCGAGCAGCUGUCGGCGGCCUCCACGGAGGCGGAGAGGCUGGCCGACAUCACCGGCAGGCCGAUGCGGGUUGUCGGCUGGUACCACUCCCACCCGCACAUCACAGUGUGGCCCUCCCACGUCGACGUUAGGACCCAGGCCAUGUACCAGAUGCUGGACCAGUGCUUCGUGGGCCUCAUCUUCUCCUGCUUCAUCGAGGACAAGAACACCAAGACGGGCCGGGUGCUGUACACCUGCUUCCAGUCCGUGCAGGCGCAAAAGGGCUCCGAGUACGAGCGGGUGGAGAUCCCCAUCCACGUCGUGCCCCGGGAAGCCAUCGGGAAGGUGUGCCUGGAGUCGGCCGUGGAGCUACCCAGGAUCCUGUGCCAGGAGGAGCAGGACACCUACCGCAAGAUCCACAGCCUGGCGCACCUGGACCCCGUCACCAAGAUCCACAACGGCUCGGUGUUCACCAAGAACCUGUGCAGCCAGAUGUCGGCGGUGAGCGGGCCGCUGCUGCAGUGGCUGGAGGACCGGCUGGAGCAGAACAAGCACAGCAUCGUGGAGCUGCAGCAGGAGAAGGAGAGGCUGCUGCAGGAGCUGGCUGCUCUGUGAAGGGACGUUGGAGGUGGACAGUUUGGAGCCCACUCUCAGUUCUUUUCCUGUUGUUGGACAGAGGACCUUCUGUUUUGCUUGUGUUAGAUUCUUUAAUACUUUUCUUACCUUCCAGGUUGUACCAACCUAAAAGUGUCAAUAGUAUGCGGUAUCAAAUACUGUCUAAUACCAAAAGUUUGGUCUGGUCAGAAUUAUAGCCUCGAUAACUUAUUCUGGAUUAGAUAUUUUCUUUAAGUCAUCAUUUUGCUAAAUGUAAUAUAUUUAGGGAAAGUUCUUGUACAGCUGUAUUGUCUUAAGACUAAAGCUGCAACAGUUCUCUUUCAUUAAAGAAUAAUCUAUCAAUUAAUCGAUUAAUCAUUUGUUCUAUAAAAUGUCAAGGAGAAAAAUGUUCAUCAAAUUCCCAGAGAGUUUGUUUUUUUAUCCGACCGUAAGUCCAAAAAGUCAGAGAUACUCAAUUUAUAGCGAUAAUUUAGAAAAGCUCACAAUUGAGACCCCAAACAUUUUAGUCAGUCUUUUGAAAAAACAUAUCAAUUAACAAAUAAAUAAAUAAAUAAGCUAAUCUUCUCAGCUCUAGUCCCCAGAGCUGGUAUCUAAAGUCUGCUCAGGGGUCUUUUAUUAAAGAGAUUAAAAUGUGUGUAAUUUGAUCUCGAUUAAUCUAACAUUCUUUGGUCUAUAAAAUGUCAAAAACUAGAGGAAAAUGCUCUUCAGAGUUUUCUGUAACCCAAGGUGAUGUAUUCAAAUUUCUUAUUUUGUCUGACCCAGCUGUCCAAAACUGGAAGCUCCAGCAAUGUCAUGUUUUUGCUUUAAAAAUACCUAAAUUAAGGAUUUCUGUAAACAGAUUAUUAUCUUUCCUAGCUAUUGUCUUGUGCUCAUACGAUAUGAACGUCUUUCAUGCACGUUAGUAAUUUUUGUUCAUCACAUUAACAUGUGUGCACAAAAUACAAAAAUAAAAAUGGAGCUCUUCCUGGCUUUCACAGGAA